AUGGAGGCCUCUGAAGCAUCAGCUUCUACUUUAGCUGGCUUUAUGGAAAGGAGAAGGAGAAGCUCUCUGAUUCGUCGACCCCGCGACGUAAAAGGAAGCUUGCACAGUUUUACUUUCUUGCAACCCUCAACACAGCAGCCAAACCCAAGUUAUAGGAAAGCCAAUGGGCCUGCGAGUGAGAACACACUGAAACUGAAGCUUAAGCUUGGUGGUGGUGUUACUCGUACAAUCCAAACCAACUCAGAAGCUAAGGUAAAAGGAAAUGUACCGGAUCAGAGGCAUGUUCAGAAAACUAUGUAUCUUGGAGAGAUAAGAGUAAGUCCCUCUGAGACUGUGAACGGAGGGUCCGUGUGCGAGAAGAGCAAACGAGGUCUUAAAAAACGUUUACUGGAUCCAGAACAAGACAGUGAUGAUGAUGGAGAUGAGGAGAUCAGAUACUUAGAAAAGUUGAAGUCUAAAAGGGUCAACAGGGACUAUCAUGAAGGUAAAGAAAGCAGAAAGUUACACAGCAAUGGCCACAACAUGGAAGAAGACAUGAGAGACAAAUAUGCUGUAACUCAAAGGAAAAAGCCAGUGGAUUCGCUCACAAGUGGAACAACUCCUAGGAAUGGUCCUCUUGAAUUCCCUGAUGGCUUACCUUGCCCUUCCUCUAAAAGACAAAAACAGAAGCUUUCGGAGGUAGAGCAACAAUCCAAGAAGGCUGAAGUUGCACAGAGACGGCGAAUGCUGUCCGAGAAAGCUGCCCAAGAAGCUGAGGCUGAAGCUAUCAGGAAAAUACUCGGUCAAGAUUCAGGGAGAAAGAAAAAAGAGGAGAAGAUUAAGAAACAACAAGAAGAACGAGCUCAGGAGAGAGCUGAGAGAUCAAGCACACUUGCAGCAAACACAGUCAGAUUGGUUAUAGGUCCAAGUGGAACAACUUUGACAUUUUCUGAAGACAUUGGUCUUCCAGAUAUUUUCAAGCCGAUUACUUACAGUUAUCCUCCUCCACGUGAGAAAUGUGUGGGGCCAAAUUGCGAGAAAGCGUACAAGUACAGAGAUUCAAAGUCGAAGCUACCACUAUGUAGUCUUAGUUGUUACAAUGCUAUUCAAGAGAAAAUGCAACAGUCUCCGAUUCAUUGCUAA